GCAGCAGCGUUAACGAUAGUCUUUGCGCGGUUAAAAGCCACGAGGUCGUUCAUUUAAACACUACUUAACCAAAACUUACCCCACCGUCCACCCACAAAAGCCACGACCGAUCAUGCGUUUGGCAAAAAAGAAAAUAGAAAAAAAAGUGAAAGAAUUGUGCGCCAUCAGAAACAUGUGAAAAAAGUGUCCAGACCAAAAAAAAACAAAAUUCAAAAAACUAAAGCGUAAAAAGAACGCGUUCCGUAAAGCGUAGCCUUAAGCAAAACCGCCGCCCAACAAAAUACCCAAAACUGAGCAAAAAGUUAUGCCUAUUCAAAACCUGUAGGGAUCUGAUAAUAAUCCAUAUAAAAAGUCAAGAAAGCACAAGUUUUGCUCAAAACAACAACCUCAUCAACUAUAACCAGAAAUACCCCAUAAAAAACCCCAUUAAAAGUGCAAAAAUACAAAGUAAAACAGUGCCAAUUAACAGAAACUAAAAAACAUAAAUAAAUCGUCAUCGGCAGCAGACAUAAUAACUAUUAUCUACAAAAUAUCACAGUCAACAAGGAGCAACAGUUUGCUGAAUAAUUUCCACAACCAUUUGGCACUUUUUUGGCGGUGACCAAAAGCACAUCUUGAAGCGAAAGCUUUGCGUGUGUGUGUGUGUGUUUUUUUUCGGGCUGGCGAGGAGUGCUUGAAAAAUCUGCAAAGCUGCAACUCCACAACGAACAGUGGUACCACCCAAUGAUGGACAGCUUCGCGCAGGACUGGCCAACGCUGACCCACACAGACAAUGGCCUGGCCAUGGACCAGCUGAGCGGGGUGGUGGGUGGCGGCGACCUGCCCGGCGACGUGGGCUUCGAGCCACAGACACGUGCCAGAUCCAACACAUGGCCCUGUCCACGGCCCGAGAACUUUGUGGAGCAGGCCGACGAAUUGGACAGUACAAAGGCCAGCAAUCAGCAAUUGGCAGCAGGAGACUCACAGCAGGCUAUACAGAAUGCGAAUGCAGCCAAAAAGAAUUCAUCGCGUCGCAAUGCAUGGGGAAACCUAUCCUAUGCGGAUCUCAUCACGCAUGCCAUUGGCUCCGCCACCGAUAAGCGUUUGACCCUCAGUCAGAUCUACGAGUGGAUGGUCCAGAAUGUGCCAUACUUUAAGGAUAAAGGCGAUUCGAAUAGCAGUGCCGGAUGGAAGAACUCUAUACGGCACAAUCUGUCGCUGCACAAUCGGUUCAUGCGCGUCCAGAACGAGGGCACCGGCAAGUCCUCCUGGUGGAUGCUCAAUCCGGAGGCCAAGCCGGGCAAGUCGGUGCGUCGCCGUGCCGCCUCCAUGGAGACGUCGCGCUACGAGAAGCGUCGCGGUCGGGCCAAGAAGCGGGUGGAGGCCCUGCGGCAGGCGGGCGUGGUGGGACUCAACGAUGCCACACCCUCGCCGAGCAGCAGUGUCAGCGAGGGGCUGGAUCACUUUCCGGAGAGUCCGCUGCACAGCGGCGGCGGGUUCCAAUUGUCGCCUGAUUUCCGUCAGCGCGCCUCAUCCAAUGCCAGUUCCUGCGGACGCCUCAGUCCGAUACGAGCCCAGGAUCUCGAGCCCCAGGAUCUCUGGGGCUUCCCGGUUGACUACCAGAAUACGACGAUGACACAGGCCCAUGCCCAGGCCCUCGAGGAGCUCACGGGCUCCAUGGCGGACGAGCUGACGCUGUGCAACCAACAGCAGCAACAGCAACAACAGCAGCAGCAACAACAACAGCAGCAGCAGCAAGGGUUCAGCGCCGCCUCGGGCCUACCAUCGCAGCCGCCGCCGCCGCCCUACCAGCCCCCGCAGCUCCAGCAGCAACAACAGCAGCAGCCAUCCUACUCGCUGAACGGCCCCGCCCCCGGCGGCUACCAGACGCUGCAGCCACAGUCACAGUCCCAGUGCCUGCUGCACCGAUCACUCAACUGCAGCUGCCUGCACAAUGCGCGGGACGGACUCUCGCCCAAUUCAGUCACCACAACAAUGUCGCCCGCGUAUCCCAACAGCGAGCCCUCUUCGGAUUCGCUCAACACCUACAGCAAUGUGGUGCUCGAUGGCUCCUCGGAUCUGCUCGUGCAACAGCAACAGCAGCAGCAGCUACAACAGCAACAGGUGAAAGUGGAAUUUGAAGAUAAUAACUGCGCCUCUACUUUGAUAGGACAAUGCCUGGAGGUGCUCAACAAUGAGGCGCAGCCGAUAGACGAAUUUAAUUUGGAGAACUUUCCGGUGGGGAACCUGGAGUGCAACGUAGAGGAGCUGCUGCAGCAGGAGAUGAGCUACGAUGGCCUGCUGGACAUCAAUAUACCCUUGGCCAAUGUCAGCACGAAUGCUCCGCUGGUGAGCCUGGUGAACAAUAGUACAACGCUGAGCAGCAGCAGCAGCAAUCUGAGCGGCUCCACCACCACCUUGUCCAGCAGCAGUCUCAGUGCCGCCGUGCAGCUGAAUCAGUUGCAGGCACAGCUGCAACAGCAACAGCAACAGCAGCAGCAGCAACAGCAUCUCCAACAGCAGCAGCAGCAGCACCAUCAGCAUCAGCAACAGUUGCUGCUGAACAAUAAUAACAACAACAAUAAUAAUAACAGCAGCAACAGCAGCCUCGACUUGGCCACACAGACGGCAGCCACAAAUCUGAAUGCCGCACGGGUACAGUACUCGCAGCCCAGUGUGGUGACAUCGCCGCCCUCAUGGGUGCAUUAGGAUCCAGUCGAUCGCUACCAUCGAUCGAGAUGAUCCAUGUAUGUGUUGUGUGUAUGUAAUGUCUGUGUGUGUGUGCGUGUGUGAGUGUGUGUGUUUGGAACGCCAAUGGAACGCUUUAAAACGCUAAUUCUAAGGACAAUAGUGUAAAGUUUUAUAAGCAGCCGCAGAUGGGAAACGGAUACGGAAAUGGUUACGGAGCAGCUGCAGGAUCAGUGAGCAGUAAGGAGUAAGCAAGGAGAAGAAAGCAGGAUGUAGGAUGCAGAAAGGAGUACGAAGGAAGUACGAGCAGGAGUCGCCGCAGCUGGACCGCCACUAAAAAGUUUACAAAGAUAAAUCUGGUCGCUUCUUAUCUAACAUACAUACAGUACAUAUACAUAGAUAUAUAAUUACAAAAAUAUAUACGAGUAUAUAUGCAUUACACAUAGAAACGCGAAGCAUACAAAUAAUACCAAUAAUAACCAAUAAUUAGAUGCUACAAUUAGUGAAAUUCUCUGCUGCAAAGAAGGUACGAAAAUGGAAAGAAUGAAUGGAAAGGCAACGGAAAUGGGAAAAACAACUUCCCUGAGCGCCUUGAGAGCCGGUGAAAAGUCAGCGCUAAUGAUGGGAAAACUGAAAACUGAAGAAAUUGAAUUGAAAAUAUGGUUAGUCAAUAAGUUGAACUUUGUACAUAUUAAUUUUAAUAACCUUGACGUAAUGCAACCAACAAACUAUAAUAAUAAUAAUAAACAAACGUAAAACGUACACUAAAUGUUCGAUAAAACUACGACUAAAAAAAAAGGAAAAUAUUCAUCAAGAAAACAACAGACAGGAAAUGCUAUACAAAAAGAGGAUAGGAUGGAAGAAAACAAGAAGCAUAAACAGAAAAUAGAAACCGAAAGAAAUUAGCACAAUUAUGUAAUAAUUUAUGCUUAAUUAAUGUAUUUAAUUGAAAAUCUAAUUGUAAUUGUAUAUUUUUUCUAGAGAGAGACAGCAAACGAAACCCUUAAUGAAAGAAACUUGUGUAAAAAUUAUGCUUAAGACUCGCAAUGGAAUACGUAAAAUGUUCUCUGGUUAGUAGUUAGUAGCUCUACCAUAACCUACGCCUCCCCCGAAAUGCGCUAUUCACCUUUUGUUAUAUGAAUAUACACCUGUUUGUGUAUCCGUAGAUCGUACGCGCUAAUAAACGGGCAAAA